UGGAGCAAGGCGUGUGGCAGUUGUGUGAGCAGUGCGGGGCAGGCGAGAGCGCACGCCAUGGGUGCAGGGAGUUUUGGUGCAGGGAGAAAGGUGUUGUUAGAGGUUGGAGAGUGCGUUGGAUUUGGCCUUGGGGGGGAGGAGGAGUCAGGGGAGUUGGGCGUGGAUUGGGGUGGUGAUUGUAUGUUUGGGAACAGCGUGGAACUGUUUGUGUUUGCAGCAGAGCACGUGAGAAUGGCGGAUGCAGGAAUGGGACGGAAUGGUGAUUGGUGGGAGUCGAGCAAGCGAGGUGCGCAGUGGGAAGCACUGGAGGGAAGGGAUGGACGGGAGAAAGGUGUUGUUAGAGGUUGGGUGUGUGUGGCGUACCGUUGUGUGGAGAGGUGUGCAUGCGCAAGGGCAUCUGCUUUGGCGUUGAAGGGGGAGGAGGAGUCAGGGGAGUUGGGCGUGGGUGGGUGUGGUGAUUGGAUGGUUGGGAACAGCGUGGGAGUGUUUGGUGUGGGUUGCGUGUGUGGGUUAGAGGUUUGUGGUAAGUGGGAUAGGUGGUUAGAGGACGUUUGCUCCGUGGCGGUUAGUUGCUUGCGGGACAGGUUUGCCGUGGACAUAGUGUUUGCAGCAGAGCACGUGGGAAUGGCGGAUGCAGGAAUGGGAUGGGAUGGUGAUUGA